UGUUCGACGAACGAGCCACUUGCAUGUGGAAAUGUUUCCUUAAACAUCCGAAGCGUUUUGGUAAAAAAUGUCCUCUAAAAACAGCCAGCGAACGGAACCUGGAGCUCAAGAAGAGCGCGCACAAAAAGAGGAGCUGAACAAUAAGAUAAAAGAGCAAAAGAUUGUUGUUGACGAGUUGAGCAAUUUGAAGAAAAACAGGAGAGUGUACACUCAGCAACCCAACAGCAAUAUAUUCUUCCUGGCAGACAAAGAAGAGACCCUUAGUGCUUGCAAAAAAGAUCUGGAUAACAUGAGAAAAGAAUAUCAAGAUAUAUAGUGCCUUGAGAUCAUGUGUGGGAUCUGCUGUGUGGUCAGUUUGACCACACCGCAUGAUCGACUGGAAAAGCAUGUCUAUGAAAAUCUCAAACACAGAGGGCCCAAC